CAUGCAGAGUGACGAUGGAGACGAGAUGCUGUGUGUUGACACAAGACUCUGAUGUGGCGGAACAGAGGGAGAGUUGUAAAGUUAAAGUGAAGUGGACACAUGAGGAGGUGAAUGAUUGAUCUGGACUUAACUUGAGCUCUUGUCCCAUAACUCUAAAAUGGCCUCCUAUACUUGUAUACAGUCCUCUGUAACCUAAACACUAACCAGAGGCUCUCAGCUCUGACUAAUCUAAAAGUGCUAUAAAGAGUGAGGAGAAUAGUUGCAGCUGCUCUGUAGUUAGCAGGUGCAGUGGUAUUUUCUCUAAGUUGUUUUAUCUUGUACUUGUAGGAUGAUAAUCUAAAGAUCCUGGUGCACAACUUUGGAAAAAGUGACUGGAAAACUAUUGUCAGCUUCCUACCAGUGAGUAUUGGGGACAGAUAUAGUACAGGCUAUAUGGCUGAAUUGUAGAAGAUAAUUCUAGUCCAAUUUUUUCCUAUUAGGAUUGAUACUAUGAAUAAGAGCCUUAUCUGUGUAAAACCUUACAAAAGUUUAUUUCCUCUAGGGACGCACAGAGUACCAAUGUAUGCACCGCUAUAUGAAGGCUCUGGAUCCAGAUAUAAUCAAGGGUACAUGGACCAAGAAGGAGGAUGACAAGGUGUGCAUCAACAAGCCAAUGUCAUUAUACAGACAGACAGAUGGUUUACUGUCCUUAGAGGGAAAUUAUUUCCACAGCCCAAUAGUUAUCCUUCCCCUUCUUUCAUCCUUGUCUCUCUGUAGGUCAUUGAGCUGGUGAGUAAAUAUGGGACCAAACAGUGGGCGAUGGUGGCCAAGCACCUGAAGGGCCGCCUUGGGAAGCAGUGCAGGGAGCGCUGGCACAACCACCUCAACCCGGACGUUAAGAAGUCCUCAUGGACCCCAGAGGAAGACCUGAUCAUCUACAAAGCCCACUGCGUCCUGGGGAACCGCUGGGCUGAUAUCGCCAAGCUGCUACCUGGAAGGUAAUUUGCCACAGCAGGGUGUAACAUUAACGUUUUUCAUCACUGGCCCAUUAGGCUAGUUGACCCGGUCACGUCAGUUGACCCAAAAUCUACAGUUUAAAUGCAUUGGGGUCAUGCAGGGCUCAUACGUUAGGGUGCUGUGUCUAUUAUUCAACUACGCAUAGGCAACAUUUUAAUAUGGUAUGUAUUAAAAGCUGCAUAAUAUAAAUGAAUAAAACGAAAUAAUUUUAGUUAAGUCUAGUAAUAUUUAACUAGUUAUGCUGUGCUCUGAUUUCAAGAAGUUAUGACUCUUGGUGGUGCUUGAAUGAACAGCCAAUCAUAUUGCUCAAAUAGCCAGACUUUUACGCAUGUGUUUUCAAUAAUGUGGUGCGGAAUCCGAUGCUGCCCCAGUAGUUUUCAAUGGAAGAUCGCAGCAGUGCACAGAGAUCUCAAACUGAACAGCCAAAAUGCGCGUAAAAUGUUGAUCGAGCCAGUGGCUGUCGAGAUCAACUGGGCCAGACAUGUUUUUAUUGGCCCGCGGGUCAUCAUUAAUCAUUAUAAUGUCAAAUCCUGCCACAUGCAAUGAAAUGGGUCGCAUUCAGAUCCUACAGUGAGGGGAAAAAAGUAUUUGAUCCCCUGUUGAUUUUGUACGUUUGCCCACUGACAAAGAAAUGAUCAGUCUAUAAUUGUAAUGGUAGGUUUAUUUGAACAGUGAGAGACAGAAUAACAACAAAACAAUCCAGAAAAACGCAUGUUAAAAAUGUUAUAAAUUGAUUUGCAUUUUAAUGAGGGAAAUAAGUAUUUGACCCCUCUGCAAAACAUGACUUAGUACUUGGUGGCAAAACCCUUGUUGGCAAUCACAGAGGUCAGACGUUUCUUGUAGUUGGCCACCAGGUUUGCACACAUCUCUGGAGGGAUUUUGUCCCACUCCUCUUUUUAGAUCUUCUCCAAGUCAUUAAGAUUUUGUGGCUGACGUUUGGCAACUCGAACCUUCAGCUCCCUCCACAGAUUCUUUAUGGGAUUAAGGUCUGGAGACUGGCUAGGCCACUCCAGGACCUUAAUGUGCUUCUUCUUGAGCCACUCCUUUGUUGCCUUGGCCGUGUGUUUUGGGUCAUUGUCAUGCUGGAAUACCCAUUUUCAAUGCCCUGGCUGAGGGAAGGAGGUUCUCACCCAAGAUUUGACGGUACAUGGCCCCGUCCAUCGUCCCUUUGAUGCGGUGAAGUUGUCCUGUCCCCUUAGCAGAAAAACACCCCCAAAGCAAAAUGUAUCCACCUCCAUGUUUGACGGUGGGGAUGGUGUUCUUGGGGUCAUAGACGGCAUUCCUCCUCCUCAAAACACGUUGAGUUGAUGCCAAAGAGCUCCAUUUUGGUCUCAUCUGACCACAACACUUUCACCCAGUUCUCCUCUGAUUCAUUCAGAUGUUAAUUGGCAAACUUCAGAUGGGCAUGUAUUUGUGCUUUCUUGAGCAGGGGGACCUUGCGGGCACUGCAGGAUUUCAGUCCUUCACGGCGUAGUGUGUUACCAAUUGUUUUCUUGGUGACUAUGGUCCCAGCUGCCUUGAGAUCAUUGACAAGAUCCUCCUGUGUAGUUCUGGGCUGAUUCCUCACCGUUCUUAUGAUCAUUGCAACUCCACGAGGUGAGAUCUUGCAUGGAGCCCCAGGCUGAGGGAGAUUGACAGUUCUUUUGUGUUUCUUCCAUUUGCGAAUAAUCGCACCAACUGUUGUCAUCUUCUCACCAAGCUGCUUGGCGAUGGUCUUGUAGCCCAUUCCAGCCUUGUGUAGGUCUACAAUCUUGCCCCUGACAUCCUUGGAGAGCUCUUUGGUCUUGGCCAUGGUGGAGAGUUUGGAAUCUGAUUGAUUGCUUCUGUGGACAGGUGUCUUUUUAUACAGGUAACAAGCUGAGAUUAGGAGCACUCCCUUUAAGAGUGUGCUCCUAAUCUCAGCUCGUUACCUGUAUAAAAGACACCUGGGAGCCAGAAAUCUUUCUGAUUGAGAGGGGGUCAAAUACUUAUUUCCCUCAUUUAAAAUGCAAAUCAAUGUAGGACAUUUUUGACAUGCGUCUUUCUGGAUUUUGUUGUUGUUAUUCUGUCUCUCACUGUUCAAAUACACCUACCAUUAAAAUUAUAAACUGAUCAUAUCUUUGUUAGUGGGCAAACGUACAAAAUCAGCAGGGGAUCAUACUUUUUUCCCUCACUGUAUGUUGACCUAGCAGGAUUUGUACAUUUCUACCUCUGACAGGACUGACAAUGCUGUGAAAAACCACUGGAACUCAACCAUCAAACGUAAAGUAGAGAUGGGAGCAUAUAUUAUGGACAAUGACGGGAGCCCACUACUACCCACUACUCUGGAGCAGGGCGAGGUCAGCCCUGUGUAUUCUUCACAUACUAACAAGCACCAUGGUUCAACUAACCCAUCACCCAUUACUUUGGAGCAGGGCAAGGUUAGCCAUUUGUAUUUCUCACGUUUAACUAAUUUGAUUUACUUGAACAAAAAACAGAGGUACCUGUAUAUGCUUUGUGUACUCAAGGUAAAUUGUGGCGGUUUGAAUAUAGUGGUUCUUGUUUGAUAACCUAGGUUAUCUUUGCUUGCAGGUGGAUUUCCGUUGUGAUGUUGUUUUAGACGCAGAGCCUGAACCUCCAGAGGUGGUAAGAAUGCCAUGUCCUUGACUGUUACUCUAUUUGCACAACCUCACCAACACUGCGUGUACAAAACAUUAGGAGAACUUCCUAAUAUUGAGUUUUUAAGAAAAUUGCAGAAAAUAUGCAGCUGAAGUCAGACGAGAGCGGAUUCAUUGCUUUAACUAAUUAUGACAAAUGUUAAGAAAAUGUCGAGCGACAUAAUGACUUUUCAAAUAAGUUACAUUACAUGUUGGCUGACAAUUUGUUAGCUACGCUAUCCUUACGAACCGCAUAGCAUUACAGCAGUAUGUACCAGUUAGCUAGUUACCUAACGUUAGUUGGCUACUAAUACAUCGAACUUGCCAGGCAGUGUAUUAACUAUCUGCUAUCUAACUAACUACCAAACGUUUGACUUGAUUAUUCACAUCAUUCUUAGCUAAGUGGUAUAGUCGUUGUGCGUUUCAAUGGACAUUGUUAAUUCUGGCUAUCUACUCCGAUUUCAGAGCACUCUCGCGCAGAAUAACUGAUGAAUUUACGAACGCUCAACACCUGUUGAAUAUGCCGGUGUCAGUAAACGUGAGAUGUUCUCUCAUUUGUGUCUGGAAGUAGCUAGCCAACGUUAGCCAGUCAGCUUGGGUGCUUGACUGCCGUGGAACGCUCGGAUCAACCCUACUCCUCGGCCAGAGCGUCCAGUGUGUGCUCUGAACGCUCCGAGAGCGAAACGCUCUGAAUUUACGAACGGACAAUCUGACAACGCUCUGGAUUUACUGCAGUGCAUCUCCUCCUCAUGGACUGCACCAGAUUUGCCACUUCUUGCUGUGAGAUGUUACCCCACUCUUCCACCAAGGCACCUGCAAGGAAAGGAAGUGUACCACAUGAGGGAGGAGGAUGUCUUCCCUGUAACGAACAGCAUUGAGAUUGCCUGCAAUGACAACAAGCUCAGUCCGAUGAUGCUGUGACACACCGCCCCAGACCAUGACGGACCCUCCACCUCCAAAUCGAUCCCGCUCUAGAGUACAGGCCUCUGUGUAACGCUAAUUCCUUCAACGAUAAACGCAAAUCCGACCAUCACCCCUGGUGAGACAAAACCGUAACUCGUCAGUCGAGCACUUUUUGCCAGUCCUGUCUGGUCCAGCGACGGUGGGUUUGUGCCCAUAGGCGAUGUUAUUGCCGGUGAUGUCUGGUGAGGACCUGCCUUACAACAGGCCUACAAGCCCUCAGUCCAGCCUCUCUCGGCCUAUUGCGGACAGUCUGAGCACUGAUGGAGGGAUUGUGCGUUCCUGGUGUAACUCGGGCAGUUGUUGUUGCCAUCCUGUACCUGUCCCGCAGGUGUGAUGUUCGGAUGUACCGAUCCUGUGCAGGUGUUGUUACACGUGGUCUGCCACUGCGAGGACGAUUAGCUGUCCGUCCUGUCUCCCUGUAGUGCUGUCUUAGGCGUCUCACAGUAUGGACAUUACAAUUUAUUGCCCUGGCCACAUCUGUAGUCCUCGUGCCUCCUUGCAGCAUGCCUAAGGCAUGUUCACGCAGAUGAGCAGGGACCCUGGGCAUCUUUCUUUUGGUGUUUUUCAGAGUCAGUAGAAAGGCCUCUUUAGUGUCCUAAGUUGCCUACCGUCUAUAAGCUGUUAGUGUCUUAACGACCGUUCCACAGGUGCAUGUUCAUUCAUUGUUUAUGGUUCAUUCAUUGUUUAUGGUUCAUUGAACAAGCAUGGGAAACAGUGUUUAAACCCUUUACAAUGAAGAUCUGUGAAGUUAUUUGGAUUUUCACUAAUUAUCUUUGAAAGACAGGGUCCUGAAAAAGGGACAUUUCUUUUUUUUUUUUGCUGAGUUUAGUAUGUAGUGUAUAUACUCAUUAAGUAUGUAGUAUACAGUAUGGGUAUUUUAACACAGCUCUGGAUUCACUUGAUCAGUCUGUCAUGGAAAGACCAGGUGUCCUUAAUGUUUUGUACACUCAGUGUAUGUCUGUGGGAGACCAAACAGAAGUGAUAUGUCCCGUGUUAUUUUAUCCUCCUAUCAGGCAUAAUGUAUUACUAUAACCAAAUGGAGACUGUUGAGCAUUUUUUUUCACUGUAUAUUCUUGAAACAUUCAACCCGUUUCACCCAUUUUCUUUGAUCUCUGUAGAUGAGGCAAUAUAGAGAGGCUGUGGCCCCCACGCAAAAAAAUAGGCAAAAAAAGGACUCUCACCCAGCCAGGCCAAAGAUGGUAGUGUCUCCGCCUGUCUCAGCCAAGAGGGACUCCAACAGCCCCUGCUCCGGCUCUAGCGGUGUCCCCACAACCCACCAGUCGCGCCAGAAGAGCAUCACAGAGGCCGUACUGCGGAUGAUAUCGGAGGACAUGCUUCCCCUCAGCUUCGUGGAGGGCUCAGGCUUCAGGAGGUUCAUGUCUGUGAUCGGCACCCAGUAUCAGAGGCCGUCCCAGCGUGCCGUGGGCCUCCGGCUGUACGAUGAUGUGGAGAAGGCCAUCAAGCCCCAUCUGAUCCGCAACCUGAAGACCUGCCUGGCGGCCAGCGCUGGCGAUGCUGUGGUCCACGCCACCCUGGACCUCUGGGCCAGCGCCUAUGCCGACCCCAUUGUCGCCGUGCAGCUGCACUUCUUGGAUGACGACUGGCACAUCCACCGGCCCACCGUGGCCUUCCGCCACAUCGGUCACAAGAACAUGAACGUGGCCGUGGCCCGGGAACUGGAGGCCGUGCUGCUGAGUUACGGCCUGUUCCCCAACAACCUGGGUUACAUCAUCACCAACAAGGCCAAGCACACCAUCGCUGCUUACGACCUCUUCUGCGACUAUAGGAUAAUGUGC